GAAUGUUGAGUAUUUGGCGCUGCUUUCAGUUUGUGUCUGAUUCUCGGCGCAUGGUGACCGUGUCUUCGCGGGUUUGCGGCUUUUUGGGAUGAUUUCCAGCUAAAUUGAAACCCAUAGAGUUGUGAAAUACAAGAUUAUGAGUGCCGAAGAGGCAGUUAACGGAUAUAUCGGUACCUCGCUCGAUUCAAACAAAACAAGAAUGACGAAAGACGACGAUAUAGGGAAGUUAUUUGUGGGAGGUUUGAGCUACGAAACUACGAAAGAAUCUUUAAAGGAAUACUUCAGCAAAUAUGGAGAACUUGUCGGAGUUGAUAUUAAAAUGGACGCAUUGACCGGCAGACCAAGGGGUUUUGCCUUUGUUCAAUUCAAGCAUCAAUCGGAGGCAGAUGCGGUACUAAACCAAGUGGAUCCACAUGUGCUAGAUGGAAGAACGAUUGACCCAAAGCCUGCUGCACCUAUUGGAAAGCCGCCCCACUUACGUGUCAAGAAAAUUUUUGUUGGUGGACUAAAACCAGAGACUUCAGAUGAGAAAAUUAGAGAAUAUUUUGGAAAAGCCUAUGCACCAGUUAAAGAGAUUGAGUAUAUUACAGAACAUUCAUCAAAUCGCAGAAGAGGUUUCUGUUUUGUGUCGUUUGACAGUGAAGAUACAGUAGACAAAAUAUGUGAGACGCAGUUUCAUAAUAUUGAAGGCAACAAGGUGGAGGUCAAAAGAGCACUGCCAAAAGAAGUACAACAGCAACAAGCCGCAUUGAGAGCUGCCGCAGGGCGUGGCAUCAUCCCCGCACUAGGUACUCUGGGGCCCCGUGUAGGUCUAUCAACAGGGGCCUACCCAUCAUACACUGCACUCUACGGAGCCUUCGGCGCCAAUGCCGCUGCCUUUGACCCUGCCCUCUAUGGUGCAUCAUACGUCCCAGGGCUCAGCCCGGCAGCAUAUAGCACAGCAUAUCCUGCGGGAUUCCCGGCAGCUUACGAGUAUGGCACAUAUGGUGCAGCUGCAAGUCGAGCUGAUGUCCGGUACACAGGUACGAACGCCAAGGAGUUAUUGAACGUGUAGCAGCCAUGAGGCAGGGGGACUUAAACGGGCGCUGUCAAGCCACUCAUGUAUGGGGGAAUUGGGAGAAGAUAUUCAAUGUUCGCUAUGAAUGUACAGAGAUUGGUGUGACCUUAAACGUUCACUAUGGCCCUCUACAUAUUUUAACUACCGCUCAUGUUACAAAGUGAUAAGUGUGACGUAACAAUUGCUACAACAGCUACUAUGAACAGCGAUGCUAGUGACUUUAAAAAAUAUCCCGAAGACUUAGCAUUUGUGGUGACUGUUGAGAUAAAAGAAAAAAAACAGGACUUGAGUUUGCUUGACAGAGUUCGUUUAAGGCGAGGAAUAUGCUAAUUUCAGACGGUUCCUAAAUCACCAAGGACAUUAGACAUGUGAAAUUCUUAUAUUUUAGUAGUAUAGAUUUGUUCCAAAUACAGUAUAGCGCCUCACAAAGACCCUUUAUUGAUUGGAAUUCCAUAUCGGCCCACUUGUUUUUUCUUCCAUGUGGGAUCAGGCAUUCGGUAGACUGGUUUGUGGGGGUGAUCUUGAUGGGGUGUUUUCCAUCCGUUGGCUGUACAGAAGACUCUAGGUCAUGUACAUAGCUUGUAGAUAUAUGUCCCAUAGCUAUUUAUUGCUAAACCCACACAGUGUGCAUGGCAACCGGCUGGGCUAGCUUCUGCACCAAUCAGGAGGGCGCGCGUUCUAACUGCACUGUUUCCAUGGUAACACACUCACUAACCCCUAAUGCUACGUAAAUCAAUAAUACGGUAAGACCAACCACCAUUUGCACGCACCCAGUAAAUUAACUCUGCUAAAUACUAAACUCCACUUUUCCUGAGUGUUUGGAAGCCACACCCUUAAGACACCUUAACGGUGCCAUUAGCAACUUGCAUACUAACAAUUGUCGAACUGAGCGAAUAUAAAGUAAACUAGUCGAAUCUAUGGAUAUCUAUAUGUUUAUGUGCCACCGCACUACACAGUUAAAAUAUAAACUAAUUUUUCUUAGACAAUAAGAUACCAGUUUAAAAAAAGUGUGCAUCUCAUAAAAAAUUCUGUCCGCCGUAGCGCAUGCGUAGCCCUUCAUGCUUUUUCAGUUACCUUAAGUUGGCACCAUGGGUUGCCUGUGGUCUGAUUACGAUAUCAUCGCGGGCUACUUUGUGCAACCGCUGAGCUGUUAGGUGCCAUCUGUGGUCACACCUGUGGUGAUUAGCGUUGUCAGCAUGGGCUUCCUGUGGUGAUCAGUACUGUCACCUUGGUCCACCUGUGGUGAUUAGCGUUGUCAGCAUGGGCUACCUGUGGUGAUCAGUACUGUCACCUUGGUCCACCUGUGGUGAUUAGCGUUGUCAGCAUGGGCUACCUGUGGUGAUCAGUACUGUCACCUUGGUCCACCUGUGGUGAUUAGCGUUGUCAGCAUGGGCUACCUGUGGUGAUCAGUACUGUCACCUUGGUCCACCUGUGGUGAUUAGCGUUGUCAGCAUGGGCUACCUGUAGUGAUCAGUACUGUCACCUCGGGCCACCUGUGGUGAUAAGCGUUGUCAGCAUUGACCACCUGUGUAUAGAUAUAGAAUAUUAGUGUUUUAGUAAGUGCGCAAUUGACCUUUUUAAGAGGGGAGGGGUAGGAGAGUUUGUUUCACGUGAUCACUACGUGCUUUUGAAAUAAACUCCUUGCGCUUACUAAAGCAUUGAUUUCUGCUUUAUUGUGUCUGCGUCUGGACUUAAUCUGAAUACUCAAAACAGAACGCGUGUUAAAGGGGACAAAAUUCACACUUGAAUGUUAGCGGAAAGUUUGGAACACCCCUUUGCAUUAGUUCUGGAUUUGAUGGUUGAGAAUUUGUCUUAAGCGCAUAAAAUGACACCAAUAUGAACAGUAGAAAUUGUGGAUCGUGUAUCAUAGAUUUGUACCUUUGCGUUUCAAUUAUUGUUCAUAGUUGACUAUUUGUAUUUCGUACUGUAUAUUUAUGAAUUGCCUGCUUCUGGGGUAAAUCAAAAUUCUAUCGUCUGGGCAGAUGUAGUGCCAAGGCAAAAGUUAGUCCCUGUUAGUGGCUGAUAGCUUGAGAAAUUACUCAUCAAACAACUGCCCAUAGAGGGAUUAUUUAGGGAGCACCUGUCUUGGCUCAUGUAUUUCACCCACCCUUGCAUAGAAACAACGUAUCAUUAUCUCUCAGACAUUUAUCUUAUGUCCUGACUCGAUAUUUUUGGCAUUUAGGCCUCGUACUACUUGAGACCAUGACAACCGAGACCUUGGCAUGCAUGAGCUUUGAGACCCAGCAUUCUUUGCGGCGCGAAGUUUGCAACAGCUAGCUAAAGGGCGUUCAGACAUUUAACUGCCCAGAUUUAUUUUUCGUUAUCGACGUCACUACUAGCAAGGAUUUGUUGCUAUGGGUAUCACAGUUGUCAUGGUUCCUUGAUCUUUAGGCUACUUUAGGAGAUGUUUAUUAAUACCCCGAGAGGGAGGGGGGAGGGUUUUGUCUCAGGACACCUCAUUCAAUUAACAAAAAUUCUAAUCCAUCCUCUCCCACCCCCACUCAGUAUCUCUCUUACCCUCUCAGGGUAUUUAAUGAACACUUUCUUAAUCAAAAGACUUUAGAAAACGCCAGCUUGUUUAGGCUUACGUAGCGCAGCUUGAUAAGGAGAAUCAAUCACCCUCUGGUUUAUUUGUUUUUGCAUUAUUUACGGAUAAAACUACGAAAUAUCCAUCCAAAAACAUCAAUUUUGGCUUGCCAAACUCAAUCGUCAAAAAUGCCAAUGGGAUUGUAGAUAAAGCGAUUCAAAUGAGUUUCCUCUACUGGACCGACAAAAUCAGACUGUGCUACGGAAGGGGUUUAAUUUAGUAGAAAAUUAUAACUCCGCGAUUCCGUUUUGUUAAUCUGAUGAUGUAUGUUGUAGGACCUGAUGUAGGACGCUGUAGCAUAUUUAUAUCGUAGUUUUCUAGCUGGAUUGUUGUAAUCAGCUCCCCACAGGGGCGUGGUCAAUUUGGAUACCCCUCUUGUUAGCGAAUACCUUCCAGAUAGGAAAAAAGGUAUCCCUUAAUUUUCUCAGUAAAGUCCGUAAGCGGAGAGUUAAGUAUAUAAGGGAACCAGGUUUCUGUGUUAGAAAUUUGGAGAUUUGUGGCUUUUAGACUCGCCUGGUGGGUCAGCGUUAUGAUUACCUUCAUGACCCCUAAGCCCAAUUUCUUAGAAAUUUUUCACGUAAGAUCUCUUGCACACGACAGGUGCCUUCAGGGUGUUGGUUACAACAAUGAAGAUUUACUGGUCAAACUAGCUUCAACACACUCGCGACACUUUCAUUAACCACCAAAAUACUAUUUUCUAGCUCUCACGAGGACUAGGCGUCUUACGCUAUAGGACAGUUUGAAAUAGUGACUUGCGAAGAUAAGGUAGUAUAGUCCGACAUGUGAUCCCACGUGGUAUCACUUGGUGUUUUUUUGUUCGUCACGUGAUGAUCGGCUUGUCACGUUUGGGUUUGUAAGUCACGUGGUGGUGUGUUGUGCUCGCGAUUGUUGUGAAGCUUGUCGUAGUUCGGCUUGCCCGCUUGGUUUGGAUAUGUCGCCAGGUAGGAAGUGCUUGUUGUCUGAACCCAAAGCCAUAUUUAUUCUGAUAAGAAACGUGCUGUCCCUUUUCAGCUUUUUAUCUCAUCCAAUAUCGCGACCUUUCAUGUCAGAAUAACCCCCACUGUGCGCAUGUCCAAACAAGCGCAGGCCUAGUUUGACCAUGAUAUUUGACUCACGGGUGCUGGUAGGCGAUGCGCACUUAGAGCCUGAGUGCCCAAGUACUGGGUCUGUGGCCUUUUUUCAGUCUGAACUGUUCUGUUAAAACACUUUGUAGGGGCAGGCUGGCACAUUCAUUGUAUUUGGUAGAACGUAGUGGAGAAUAAACCGUGAUAUUUUCA